AUGAUGAUGCCUUCAACUUCAAGCAUAAUCGCCGGAGAAGAAUCGAUCGUACCAUCUGUGGCAAGUGUUUCCGGUGAAUCGUCUCUCUCCGAUAUGACUCAGACUGUUCAUUUUUCCUCUGGAAACCCUAGGAUCGGGGAGACUCGAGGCGUCAUGCAUCUAUUUUCCGACGAUGCGGUUUCGUCGUCUUCUUCUUCCUCCUCGGAUCUCCCUAUUGGGAGGAAUCCUCUUGUUUGCGUUCUUGGGGUGCCGAAUCAUAUGACAUAUGCAGAUUUUUGCCAGUUCUGUGGCUCCUUCAUUCAGCAUAUACUGAAUAUGCGAACAGUGAGGAACGAUGGGGUUGAAAAUAGAUAUAGCAUUUUGAUAAGUUUUGAUAGUCAAGAAUCUACCGAUACAUUCUACCAGCAUUUCCGAGGGAAACAAUUCAAUUCUCUCGAGGAAGAUGUCUGUCGCCUGCUUUUUACACUAGAUGUUCAGUAUACCGGCUAUAGUGGAACUAUCGACCAUACACAGCCUUCUGCUGCUGGCCCGAUUGAGCAACCUACUUGCCCAGUUUGUCUUGAGAGAUUGGACCAAGACACUGGUGGCAUUCUCACAACCAUGUGCAAUCAUUCCUUCCAUUGCUCAUGUAUUUCUAAUUGGGCAGAUUCUUCUUGUCCAGUUUGUCGAUAUUGCCAACAGCAACCUGAAAAUUCGGUAUGUUGUGUAUGCCAAACAACGGAGAAUCUCUGGAUGUGUGUUAUCUGUGGAGUUGUUGGCUGCGGGAGGUACAAAGGAGGACAUGCCAGAAGGCACUGGGAGGAGACAGAGCAUUGCUAUUCACUUGAGCUUGAAACACAGCGUGUUUGGGAUUAUGCUGGUGACAAUUAUGUUCACCGGCUUAUCCAAUCUAAAACUGAUGGCAAGCUAGUGGAGUUGAAUUCCCAUGGUAGUCUGAGCAAGGAUGGUUGUGGAAGCUUUGAAUGUUCUGACAGUGGAAUGACUGAUGCUCUCUUGAACAGCAAAGUGGAUAUGAUCAUUAGUGAGUACGACGAACUUCUCCACGCACAACUAGAGAACCAAAAACAAUAUUUUGAAAAGCUGCUACAAAAUGUGAAAGAGGAAACCGAACAGAAAGUCGCAGAAGCAGCAAGCAAGGCAAUAAGCCAGAGACAGCAGAAGCUGCAAACCAGGUUUGACAGAUGUAUGAAAGAGAAGCACUUUCUUGAAGAUUUGAACGAAAAUCUUGUGAAAAAUAAAGACGUAUGGAUCACCAAGAUUACAGAAAUGGAAGAAAGGGAGAAGAAGGCAGUUCAGGCAAAGGACAAGAAGAUUCAGGGCUUGGAAGAACAGAUUGGAAAACUAAUGGCCGAAAUGACUGAUAGUGAAGUGUUAGAGUCUGAAGAAGUCGAGGACGGUACUGUCUUGCCCAUAUCUACCGAUACUACAUCUUUCUCUGUGAGUGGGAAUAAUGCAAGUUAA